UAUCCCAGUUCGGCGAUCCCACCAGGCCAAGCGGUCACGGCAAUAUUUGAAACACGUGGAAAAUUUCAUUGUAGGGUUGCAGCUUGGAGAGAGCCGGCGAAGAAAAGCCGGAUUUUUUUGUUGUUUCGGGUUAAGAGGGCUCGAAACGGUAGAGGGUGAAGAUGUCGUCGUCUAAGGAUUGUUAUAAAUGUGGCAAAACAGGUCAUUUUGCUCGUGAUUGUACUGAGGCUAGCCCCGGCGGUGGCGGUAGUGGUGCAAAGUUCGGAGAUAGGGCCUGUUAUACUUGUGGUCAAACUGGUCAUAUUGCCAGGAACUGCUCCAAGAAGGGUGGAAAUGUGAAAGCCUGCUACCAGUGUGGUAAGACCGAUCACUUGGCCAGCAACUGCCCUGACGCUGAUGGCGAUGACAAGCCUGUCUGUUACAGCUGUGGGAAAAAGGGGCACAUCUCCCGAGACUGCAAGAACCCAUCCAGUGGGGGGAGCAGGAACCGUGAUGUAGUCUGCUACAGGUGCAAUAUGAGUGGUCAUUUUGCCCGUGAUUGUGAUGCUGAAUCAUCCCGGGAUGUCUGUUACAGGUGCCAGGAGACUGGGCACUUUGCGCGCGACUGCCCCAAUGAGAAAAAGGAGGGCUGUUACACAUGCGGUGACGAGAGCCACAUUGCCAGGGAUUGCCCAGAGAAGAAAGAGAGCCCUGGUGAGUCCUGCUACAGGUGUGGCAAGUCUGGUCACUUUGCCCGUGACUGCACUGACGACACCAAGUGUUACAAGUGUGGCAACACUGGUCACAUCCGCCGUGACUGCCCAGAAGAGGAUGCUAUGGAUGAGUAAUGCCCAGAAUGCCAAUCGUGGAGUACUUAGAAUCCCCAGGCUAGCUUUGUAUGAUUACAAAAUGUUUACUCAAUCUCAGGCAAUGGAAUGCAAGUGGUUGUUUUUUUGCCUGUUUUAAGAGAUGUUUGUUAUGUGUUUGAAGCUUGUACAAGGUCUAUUAAUUCAAAGCAGUUCUAUCUAGUCAGAUUGGGCUGGCUUUAUAAAAGAUGGUGAAUAACUGUUCGUGUUUUUUUUCUAAGCCAAAAGCAAUUACAUUCAAAAGAAUUUCUGGACAAGACAAGUAGAGAGCUAGCUUUUUACACUAUAAUUUUAUAAAUGCAGCAGAUUUCAUUUUAAGUGCAAUUGCAAUUUUGAGCUCAUUGUGAGCAGAGCAUCUUUAUGUUAUUGUCCUGAAAUGUUAAUUGCCCAAGUCAAGCACCAUGAAACUAUCCCCAGUAGUUUUUUCCAAUGUUGUAAUAACACUGGGUUCACUGUUUCAAUAUGAUAAAUGUUAGGUUUCAUAGUGUUUGACUUCAAUUUCAAUGCACUUACUUGGAGAAUAGAGGAGAAUUAAACUAAAACAUCUUUUAGCAUACGUCAUAAGUGUUCCUCAUGGUCUUGGUAAGAAAUUAUUUUAUAUGAGUUUCUAUCCUUACCAUGAAGAUGAUUUAAGCAGUUGCCUUCAUCAACAUUGUUCAUAUUGCAUACCUGAGGUUAAGGCAUUUGCAGCACAAUAGAGUUAAAUAAUUGAACAGAACCUAUUCAUUCAACACAUUCCUCUGACAAGAGCAAUAGACUGAAGGCAACAAUCAAUUUUGCAAUUCUGCAGAAUACUUUAUAUUGUUUUCUGUAGAAUUGUAUAUUGGAGGUAGAGAAACAGUGUAAGUGGAGAAUAAGGUGUUUAAAGAGAAAUGAAUUGAUGAUAAUUUAUUUGUAAAAUUCUUCAGUCAAUUGUUUUAAUAAAGUUUAUGCUGUAUUGUUUUUGACUGACGGAAA